GGCAGGGGCGGGGCCGCGGCGGCGCGCGGAGGCCGAGCUCGGCUGGGCUUGGCGAGGCUGCGGCGCGGCCACCGGCGGUAGGGCAGCAGCCACUGUACCCAGAGCUUCAAAACCCCAAACCGGAGACUUGGGGGCGCUGAGCCGCACCGGGAAGCAGAGCCUGGCCGUGAGGAACAGCCGCGCGUUGCUGUCUGCCCCUCUGCGGACGGCGUCUCUCUCGACUCCGCUUAGGAAGUGGUGGGGGUGGCGUGGCCCCCGUCGGGAGGCGUUCGAACGCCCGCUCAGAGAGAGAAAGGAUUCCCCUGUGCUUGGAGCCCGCACUCGGGCGCGGAGGGAGCGGCGGCAGGCUCUCGCUUUCGGCAACAUGGGCUGCACGCUGAGCGCCGAGGACAAGGCGGCGGUGGAGCGGAGUAAGAUGAUCGACCGCAACCUCCGCGAGGACGGCGAGAAGGCGGCGCGCGAGGUCAAGCUGCUGCUGCUUGGUGCUGGUGAAUCUGGUAAAAGUACAAUUGUGAAGCAGAUGAAAAUUAUCCAUGAAGCUGGUUAUUCAGAAGAGGAGUGUAAACAGUACAAAGCAGUCGUCUACAGUAACACUAUCCAGUCGAUUAUUGCUAUCAUUAGGGCCAUGGGGAGGUUGAAGAUAGACUUUGGUGACUCAGCCCGGGCGGUAAGUUAUAAAUUUGUUGGAGCCGAUUUGAUGAGUAAAAAGAAUAACUUGUGUGCUAAUACCAUACCAUGUUAUUACACAGGCUUGUCAACUAUCAGGACCAUUUUAUUAUUUAAUUUUUUCAGCUAUUUGAAUGACUUGGACAGAAUAGCUCAGCCAAAUUACAUCCCGACUCAACAAGAUGUUCUCAGAACUAGAGUGAAAACUACAGGAAUUGUUGAAACCCAUUUUACUUUCAAAGAUCUUCAUUUUAAAAUGUUUGAUGUGGGAGGUCAGAGAUCUGAGCGGAAGAAGUGGAUUCAUUGCUUCGAAGGAGUGACGGCGAUCAUCUUCUGUGUAGCACUGAGUGACUACGAUCUGGUUCUAGCUGAAGAUGAAGAAAUGAAUCGAAUGCAUGAAAGCAUGAAGUUGUUUGACAGCAUAUGUAACAACAAGUGGUUUACAGAUACAUCCAUUAUACUUUUUCUAAACAAGAAGGAUCUCUUUGAAGAAAAAAUCAAGAAGAGCCCUCUCACUAUAUGCUAUCCAGAAUAUGCAGGAUCAAACACAUAUGAAGAGGCAGCUGCAUAUAUUCAAUGUCAGUUUGAAGACCUCAAUAAAAGAAAGGACACAAAGGAAAUAUACACCCACUUCACAUGUGCCACAGAUACUAAGAAUGUGCAGUUUGUUUUUGAUGCUGUAACAGAUGUCAUCAUAAAAAAUAAUCUAAAAGAUUGUGGUCUCUUCUAAGUUUUGCAGUUAAUGGUAAAAUGCAUUUUCAAACCAAAUGAGUACUUACAUAUGGAUCUCUGUAGACUAGAGUCUUGCAGCAACACAGAAUGUAAUAUAAGGCAAAUGCAUCUGGGACCUGACCAAAGUUGUUCUGUUUUGUGUUUUUAACUGAAAGUAACAGAAGGACCUUUCUUAAAUGUGACAGAUGGUCCUGCAGUGUGAAACUGAAGGACAGUGUUAAAGCUGGGCUCUAGUAUAUUGAUGAUUUCUGCAUAAGUGUAAAUAUGCAAAUGUAUGUAUACAUGUAUUUAUGACUUUAGUUUUCGACAUUAUUUUUAGGUUUUUAGAGUGGCAACUUAGGAUUCUAGGGUGAUGGCUUUGGAAAUAACAUAAAUAAUACCUUGUACUGAAUGACAGACUAUUACUAUGUUUGCCAGUUUUAAACAGCUUUAUUUAUGUUCAUGUCCUGUAAAUUUUUAAGUAUAGUAAUUAAUAUUAGGAAACAUAACCCUUAUCUUGAUUAUAUGUAUACUUGUAUUAAUAAAAAUGUUAUUUGUACAAACAUUGCACAGACUAUUUUAAUAACAUGAUUUGUUCUUUAAAUUUUAUGUGUUUUCUUGAAAUGUUCUUAAGAUGAAUACACCUGCCUUUGGAUCAAUUAUUUAAACAUUGUGUGCAUUUUGAUUUUUCCUACUUUAAGAAAAUAAAAUAAUUUAAUUUUACAUUAGAUUCCACAUUAGAUUUGGUUUGAAAAACUAAAAUUUCAGAUUUUUUGAGGAUAUACUAUCUUAGACUUAUUGUAAACACUUAGUUUUUAUUCACUUGUUUUCACUCUGAAUUUUAAUAUUUGGCUGAUAUUAAUGCAUUGCCUCAAAGGUGAUGUCAUCUUCAUUUUUAUACACUUUAAAUAACUACAUUUUUGUUUAUAACUAAGUUUUGAGGGAUCCUAAGAGCCUUUUUGUGGGUAAAAAAAACCUGUGGGCAUAAUGAAUUUUGAGACAUUGGUGAGGCUUUUGUGUAUUUCCCUUGAGGCGUCUCUUGUACCUAGCAUACAUGAUAGCUCCUCGUUGGGAAGGUAACAAGAAGGAUCUUUGAAUACUCUAUUGCUGAUAUAAUACAAGAUUUAAAUUUAUACAUAUAACUAGUUUCAAAUGUGAUUAUCACAUUAUGUUAAAAUUACUUUUUUCCCUUAGAUGUUCAGAUUUCUCCACUUGCUUGAGUUUAUAUUAUUUCUUUUUCAAUUAUACUAUUAUUUCUGAGAAUGAAAUGGACAAUUACACUUAGAAAAUGAGUACUAGUAUUUAAUAAGUCAGUGAUUAUGCUCAAAUAAGUGUUACAUAUCACUAGAUACUGAGCUUUGAUAGAAUAAUUUUCUUUUGAUUAUUCAUGAUGUGUCAUCUCUGACCUUGUUUCAGCAAAGUAAACAGCACUCCCUACCCCUCCCCCCUUUUUUUACUCAUCUUGGAAAAAGUUAGUCUUUCAGUACAUGUUGCUGGUAAGUAGUUUCCAAGUUAUAUGUUGUCCCUGGGUUGAAGUAUAUUUGUUGAAUUGUGUGUGUGUGUGCGUGUGUGUGUAACCUAAACUAUAUUCGUAUCUGUUUCAUUUGGAGGAUUUUCUUCUUUGUAAUGUAAAGAAAUUCAAAGUUAUCGAAGUUCCUUAAAUGUGUUAGCUUAGAUUCUUUAUGUGCCUUUCAUGAAAGAUAUGUUUUCUUUAAUUUUACUGAUGGACCUGUAAUAUCCACAUUGUGAAGCCAUGUAUGAAAUUCAACUAUAAUAUGAAUAAAUUUGAAUCAUGAGAAUUAUGGGUUAAAAAGCCACAAAGAAGCACAUUGGUGACCAUCAUUAAUGAAAUCCUGAACUUUGUGUAAUUGUGUUAAUAAAUCCUAAUAAAUUUAAAUUUUUAAAAUUUUA